GAUCUGUUACGGGUUUUGCACUCAUCUGAGCUGCAACUAGCGAUGUGUUCCCACUUCCCAAGGCCAUGAGGUCUGCUGGCGCUCCCAGCAACCUGCCGCCAUGGGCAGUGGCGGCAGGUCAUAGGCCGUCAGCUCUCAGCUGCGCUUUAAAGGGACAUGACAACGGGAGAGCGGGGACGGUGCCGACCUCUUCCCCUCUUAUCCGCUGCGCCUCUCUCUUCUCCCCCCUCCCUCUCUCCCUCCGGGAGAAGAAGUAGAAGAACAGCACUUCACAGCUUUGGAGCUCGAUUUUUGGUAUUUAGAGGCCGAUUCAGGAGUUGUAGCAGUUCAAGAAAAGAUAGAUCAAGACAAGAGCUACAAUAUGCCUGGUACAAUGGAAAAACUGUUAUUGUUUUAUGGUGACAUACGCGACGGCCCUUCUGGGCUUGAUGUCUCGAGGUGCACAGCCAAGAUAGUUUUUGUGAAAGACAUGGUCAACAGAGGGUUCAUGGACGUUAAAAGAUGCAUCCAAGCCGAGUUUGGUCCUGAUACGGUUGGAAAGAAUAUGACUGUCGAAGCUUUCGUCAUCGUAGGUAGGGUUGACGGGACACCUGCCCGUUGGGGCUUGAGGCAGGUGAAAGGCGACGUAUCUUGGGGUAGUUACAUGAAGUUUGCAAGCACACCUGGUAAUGCUAUGUAUAGACGGCCGGUGGUGCAUGUGUGGUUUGCUGAAGUUGGUUGUGAGGCUGGAUGCAGCAAUGCAGCUACCAGUGUGCUCCAGUUAACUACCCCUGCAGGUGCUCACACCCAACCGGUGGCGACGAUGGGGGGCAGUCGUGUGUGUGUGAAGAAAGUGUGGUUGUUCCAACCGUCAAUGGUGACAUAGCCUACCUUCAUGAUGCCACGAUUAAAGACAUGAGGAGCAUAAUGAAGGAUGUGUCUGAGAUUGCUCGGGCGAAGGGAUUGUCAGACUAUCACUAUGAUAGUAGCAAUGACGAUGAUGAAGGAGGUGAUCUGUCUCAGGCUCCUGUCAUUCGGCAGAGGACCAUGACGCCCUUAGAGGAGAGUUGGGCGGAUGGUGACACAGCCCGCCAUCGUGAUGAGAUGAUUAGAGACAUGCGGAUGCUCAUGGCGGAUGUGCUGGAAGUCCUUCGGAUGGACCCCUCUUUUGCACAUAGCGUGUCCUCAAGGUUAAUAAACAUUUAUGAAACUGCUGAGAAGAUUAUGAAGCGUUGGAGUUGCUAUCGCAUAGACGGCAUUGCAUCCCGACCGUACGACAUGACGGAGGUACGGUCGGCCCUACCAAGUGAGUCGGGUCUAAGCCUCACCACUCCACUGAAUUGUGAGGCGGGGGCAGGCCAGAACUCAGCGUUACUGCAUAUGCCAGCCAACUCUCCCUUGCAGGUCUCCCAGUUCGGCGCUUCACCACCAGAACAUCAGUUCGACACCGGAGCGAUGGAGGUAGAUAAUCCAUUCCCGGAGACCAGCCCUGGUGGAGGACAUACAGGACAAUGCUCGUAUGAUCAAGGCCAGGGAUCUGACGGCGAUGAAUCCACAGAUGAAGAAGAGUGUGAUGGUCUUGAUUAAUGGGAUCUUCUUCUUCACAUGGUGGACGUUCAGCGGAAUAUGGGCGAGGGAAUACCCUUCACAGCAGCACGAGCAGCCAUCUUACUUGUACCCAGCUGGAACUUAGCAGGGCUUUAGCUCGAUCCGUGGACAAUGUAACGAGCACUACGACAUAUUUCAGACCUUGUUAAUUAAGCUACGAAGUACCUUCCAUUUCAACUCCAUAAUAAUUGAUAUUAUGUCCGAUU